ACGGUGUAGCUCAGCACUGGGGUUGUCCGUGAUGGUGCUGCAGCCAGCGGUACCUCGUGACCACGGCGGGGUCACGCAGCAGAGGGUGGAGAUGUCCCGGUGCCAGCUCCCAGCACCCCCCUGCCCCUCCCGGGUGCGCACAAGGCAGCGGGUCUGGCACUGGCCCCAGCCGGGCAGCCUGCACAUGCCUUGGCACCCUGCCCCGCUGUGGAGCUGCAGACGCCGGCGGCCCAGUGCGGCGGCGGAGCGGCCCCAUGGCCUCGGGGAGACGGUGGGGCACGGAAAGCCUGGGGGAGCCGUCAGGGGGGCGGCAGAGCCACCCCGGCUCCUGCUACCGGGAGCUCAGCCGCUUCCCUGCCAUCACCCGCGCCGCGCUGGGUGCGGCGGCAGGGGGCCAGGCCUUCCGCCUCUACACCGAGUGCAGCCAGCCAGACCUGCGCCGCCGGCGGCUCCUGCGCUUCAGCCGGCACUACAGCCUGCAGCACGCUGGCGGCGGCCUUACUGCCAGCCGGGCAGCGCUCAGCGCCGAGAUCCGCAACCAGCUUCUCAGCCAGGACUCGCCGUCGGGGCAGCGCCGCGCCGUGCUCACCCGCUGCCCGCUGCAGGGCCAUGAGUUGCUGGAGGUGUGGGAUGGCUGCGGGCGCAGCCACGGCGUGGACCUGACAGCGUUGGGGAAGCACGGCAGGGUCUACACAGAGGGGCCCUUUGCUUGCCUGGCCUGGUCCCGCUCGGAGACGCGGCUGCUCUAUGUGGCUGAGAGGAGCCAGCCCAGGCCACCAAAACCCAGCCCGUGGCUUGUGCCGGGGGCAGCCAGGCCGGCAGAGGAGGAGGAGGAGGAGGAGGGCGAGCAGUUCGUGUACCACGAGGACUGGGGGGAGGCGCUGAGCACCUGCAGCGUCCCCGUGCUCUGCGUGCUGGACAUCGAGGGCAGCAGCGUCUCGGUGCUGGAGGGUGUCCCCGAGCACGUCUCCCCCGGCCAGGCUCUGUGGUCCCCGGACGACACCGGCGUGGUGUUCGUGGGCUGGUGGCACGAGCCCUUCCGCCUGGGGCUGAGCGCCUGCUCCAACAGGAGGUCGGGCAUUUUCCUUUUGGAAGUGGCCAGCAGGCGCUGCGAGCUGCUGUCGGCACAGCCCCGUGCCGCCUGCUCGCCCCGGCUGAGCCCCGACGGCCGGCGCCUGCUUUACCUGGAGGGGGCCGUGGGAGGGCCCCACCGGCAGUGCCUGCAGCUGCGGAUGCUCACCUGGCAGACACGGCAGACGGUGACGGUGCUUGACGUGGUGCAGGAGCCCACGGGUGCCUUCACCGGGAUCUAUGCCGCAGAGCUGCCGCCGCGGUGCUGGGCAGCCGACAGCCGGCGAGCCCUGCUGGGCACCCCACAGCGGAGCCGCACGGACCUGCUGCUUGUGGACACGGAGGCGGCCGCUGUCACCAACCUCACUGCCGGGUCACCCGAAGGCUGCUGGGAGCUGCUCACCAUCCAGUGGGACCUGCUCGUGGCCACCUGCUCAGCCCCACAUCGCCCACCCCGCCUGGUCGUGGCAGAGCUGCCACCGUUGGGUCAGGAGCUGUCCCUGCGCUGGGUGACAGUGGAGGAUGCCCCAACAGUGCCCGGCAUCACCUGGAAAACCCUGAUGGUCCGGCCCCCCUGCGGCGGGCAGAGCCCUGCUCCGCAUGGCACCCAGCCCUUCGAGGCGCUGCUGCUGAGCCCAGCGGGCAGCAUGGCACCGCACCCCCUCGUUGUGUGCCCCCACGGUGGCCCUCAUGCCGUCUUCGAUGCCCGCUGGCGCCCGAGCAUGGCCGCACUGUGCCGGCUGGGGUUCGCUGUGCUCCUGGUGAACUACCGCGGUUCUCUGGGCUUCGGGCAGGCCAGCAUCGACUCACUGCUGUCCCGCGUGGGUGAGCAGGAUGUGGCGGACACACAGCUGGCAGUGGAGCAGGCACUGCGCAGCGAGCCCCUCGACUCACGCCGCCUGGCCCUGCUCGCCGGCUCCCACGGAGCCUUCAUCGCCCUCCACCUCCUCGCCCGCGAGCCCAAGCGCUACCAGGCGUGCGCCCUGCGCAACCCCGUCUCCAACCUGCCCGCCCUGCUGGGCACCUCCGACAUCCCCGACUGGCGCUACGUGUCCCUGGGGCUGCCCUACUCCUUUGAGCGGGUGCCCCGUGCCGAGGACGUAGCCACCAUGCUGCAGCGCUCGCCCAUCGCCCAGGUGCACCGGGUACAGCACAGGGGGAUGGACGCGGCGGGUCCAGGGAUGGGGACUGAGCACCCACCACUGCUUGUGCCGCAGGUACGGGCGCCGGUGCUGCUGUGUGUGGGUGCCCGGGACCGGCGGGUCAGCCCCACGCAGGCGCUGGAGCUGUACCGGGUGCUGCGGGCCAGUGGGGUGCCGGCACGGCUGCUGUGGUACCCGGAGGGCGGCCAUGCGCUGGCAGGCACAGAGACGGAGGCCGAUGUUUUUGGGAACUGUGCCCGCUGGUUCCUCCAACACCUGAGACAGCCCCGGCACAGCCCCUAGCCCCUGCAGUGGCCCUGUGGCCGUGCUGGCCUUGGAGUGACUGGGGGUCCUGGGGAUGGCACCGGGACCAGAGGAGAAUGGAGCAAGUGAUGGCACAGGAUGGAAAUGGGGAUGUGGGCUUGCCUCUAAAUAAAUGUGUGCCACCUCGUGCA